UUUAUAAACCCGUCACAAAAACUGAAUCAAAAUGGCUUCCAAUCGAUUAUUUCGAAGCUGCUUUCGGAUUUGUUCCUCUAUAUCUGGAGCUAUGAAAGGAAGAGAACCUUUAAAUGGUCAUUGCAGAAUAAUAGCAGCUCUUUCUUCAAAGAGGCACUGUAGUACAAGCCAUGGGUUUCCAUCUGUUGUUGGGAGGAAUCUUCUUACUCUGAAAGACUUUACUAGUGAUGAGAUUGGAUAUCUUCUGUGGACUGCAGCUGAUCUAAAGCAAAGAAUUAAAAACGGGAAUGAGACUGUACGGCUGUUGGAAGGCAAAUCAGCUGCUCUUAUUUUCCAGAAACGUAGCACACGAACAAGAGUUUCAACAGAAACUGGUCUUGCCCUUCUUGGAGGACAUUCUGUAUUUCUCACAGACAGUGAUAUUCAUCUUGGAGUCAACGAAUCAGCUAUAGACACAGCCAAGGUUCUUUCAGGAUUCUGUGAUUUUAUCUUGGCAAGGGUAUAUGAACAGAAGGAUCUUGAAGUAAUGGCAGAACAUGCCACUAUUCCAGUUAUCAGUGGUUUAUCAGACAUGUACCACCCUAUUCAGAUACUUGCAGACCUUUUAACACUACAGGAACAUUUUGACAGCCUACAUGGCCGCACCAUUGCCUGGGUUGGAGAUGGGAACAACAUUAUUCAUUCAUUUAUGAUGGCAGCUCCAAAAUUUGGAAUGCACCUGAACAUUGCAACUCCAAAGGGCUAUGAGCCAGACAAUGAAAUCACAAAAGUUUCUCAAAGCUUUGCCCAAGAGCAAAACACAUCAGUGAACUUCACAACAGAUCCCAGAGAGGCAUGUUCCAAUGCAGAUGUGAUUGUCACUGACACAUGGGUCAGUAUGGGCCAGGAAGAAGAAAAAGCAGCAAGACUCAAAUCUUUUUCAGGCUUCCAAGUUGACACUAAGUUGAUGUCUCUUGCCAAGGAAGAGGCUGUUUUCCUCCACUGCCUGCCACGGAAACCUUACGAGGUGAGCGAUGAAGUGUUUCUUUCUGACAAGUCAUUGGUUUGGCAGGAGGCAGAAAACAGGAAGUGGACUAUAAUGGCUGUGAUGACAUGUCUGAUGAAUGAGUAUACCCCUAUUUCUCCUAUGCCAACUUUUGGAGGCAGUGAUGAUGGAGUCUAGGGGACUUUAAUCUGUAGCAAUGAUAAUUACCUCUGUCAGAGAUAAUGAAAGUAUAUUAUUAUUAUUAUUAGUUUUUUGUUUGCCUGUUGGUGUAUUUUCAACAUUUGCCUUCAAUCUUCCUAACCUCCAACAACUAUUGGUAAAACAAAUUCAUAAAAUAAGUUUAAGUGCUUUUUGAACAUAUGAAAAAAUAUGUGCUCUAUAGUUCACAGUACUUCUUCAACCUGGAUAUGUGGUCCAUAAAAGAAGGAUGUUUUAGUUAGUGGUGCUGGUAAGCAUUUCCAUUCAUGACAAAGGAAUAUUAGUAUAUUGGAUGUACUCCAAUCAGGUGAAUGGAAG